AUGUGUCUUAGUUCUGGAAGUACCACCGAUGAUGUGAAGGAAAUAAGAGAAUUUUCUGAGUGGCUACUUAAAGUUGGGGAUGGUGAUCUUGGAGAUGAUGAAGAUGGAGAAUCGAUGAUAACAAUUCCAGAUGAAUUGUUGAUUACAACAUCAGAUGAUCCCGUUUCAGAUAUGGUUAAUUUUGUUUAUCCGAAUCUCUUGGAUAAUAUUUUAGAUCCAACGUUUUUCAAAGAACGUGCUAUCUUAACUCCUAAAUUGUCCGAUGUUGCUAUGCUGAACGAGCACCUGAUGUCGAUGAUUCCUGAAGAAAUGAUAUUUUUGAGUUCUGAUAAAAUUCUGAAGCAAGAUGUGGCUUCCUCUGUUGAAGAUGAUGAAUUCACACCUGAGAUCUUAAAUACAUUAUCGUGUUCGAGGAUUCCUGAUCAUAAAUUAACCUUGAAGGUUAAAGUUCUAGUAAUGCUAUUGAGAAAUAUUGAUCAGUCCAGAGGUUUGUGCAAUGGCACAAGGCUGCUCAUUACAAAAUUGGGGGAUCAUGUUGUUCAGGCAAUUGUUCUUACAGGAAGCAAUAUAUGUGAAACUGUGUUAAUCCCUAGGCUGACGAUGAGCCCAUCAAGUCACACAUUUCCUAUAAACUUCCAAAUAAGACAAUUCCCUCUGAUUGUUUCAUUUGCCAUGACUAUCAAUAAGAGCCAAGGACAAUCUCUUUCUCAUGUUGUAAUUUAUCUCCCCAAACCUGUCUUCACUCAUGGGCAAUUAUAUGUGGCACUGUCUAGAGUAAAGAGCAAGCGUGGAUUGAAUAUAUUGAUACUUGAUGAAAACGGUUGUCACAAAUAG